CCCCCGGAGCGGCGCGCGGAGGGAGGAGGGCGGGCGGGCGGGCCGGCGGGCGGCGGAGUAUGAGGCGCCCACCAUGGUGCGAUGCGACCGCGGGCUGCAGAUGCUGCUGACCACGGCCGGAGCCUUCGCCGCCUUCUCGCUCAUGGCCAUCGCCAUCGGCACCGACUACUGGCUCUACUCCAGCGCGUACAUCUGCAACGGCACCAACCUGACCAUGGACGACGGGCCCCCGCCCCGCCGCACCCGCGGCGACCUCACCCACUCGGGGCUGUGGCGGGUGUGCUGCAUCGAAGGGGUCUAUAAAGGGCACUGCUUCCGCAUCAACCACUUCCCAGAGGACAACGGUUACGACCACGACAGCUCCGAGUACCUCCUGCGCCUCGUGCGCGCCUCCAGCGCCUUCCCCAUCCUCAGCGCCGCCCUCCUGCUGCUCGGCGGGCUCUGCCUUGGCGCCGGGAGACUCCACAGCCGCAAGAACAACAUCGUCCUCAGCGCCGGCAUCCUCUUUGUGGCUGCAGGCCUCAGUAACAUCAUCGGCAUCAUCGUCUACAUUUCCAGCAACACGGGAGACCCCAGCGACAAGCGCGACGAAGACAAAAAAAACCAUUACAACUACGGCUGGUCUUUUUACUUCGGAGCCCUGUCUUUCAUUGUGGCUGAGACCGUGGGCGUCCUGGCCGUAAACAUUUACAUUGAGAAAAACAAAGAGUUGAGAUUUAAGACCAAACGGGAGUUCCUUAAGGCUCCCUCCUCAUCACCCUACGCCAGGAUGCCGAGCUACCGGUACCGGCGGCGGCGCUCGCGGUCCAGCUCCAGGUCCACCGAGGCCUCUCCGUCCAGGGACACAUCUCCAGUGGGGCUGAAGAUCGCCGGGGCCAUUCCCAUGGGCGAGCUGUCCAUGUACACGCUGUCCAGGGAGCCCCUCAAGGUGACCACGGCUGCCAGCUACAGCCCCGACCAGGAGGCCGGCUUCCUGCAGGUGCACGACUUCUUCCAGCAGGACCUGAAGGGAGGCGUGCACAUCAGCGUGCUCAACCGGCGGACCACCCCUGUGUGAGCUGCCCCGUCCUCUCGGCACCGGCCUCUCCCCAGAUGGGCGGCUUGGACCCCACAGGGGGCAUCUGACCCUUAAGACAGACCAACAACAGACUGAGGCCAACCCCCACCCUCCCGGGUCUCCAGAAUGGGUCUCGGGCUGGCUUGGAGCGAAGCCCCGGAGACGGGAAUCAGAAGCAAGAAGGCUGAUUUUAUCCCCCAGGAGGGUGUUUGGAUGCCCCGGGGUUCCGAAAUCUCCCAGGAGGCCCCAGAGCUCUCCUGAGGCUGCACAGCCUUGCCCCACCCGGGAAAACAAAAUCGAGCCAUUAUCUCCUCUUGGAAACACAUCUUCCGCCGGAAGAACAGGCUUUCGGGGCCUCCCAUCCCUGCCCGGCUCACCGGGCCCGCAGGGGCCUUCGGAUGCUGGUCAGCUGCUUUUGAACCCAAGGUUCUGGUCUGUGAGCCGCAGGCGAGGAAGCCGAAGUUUGCCCCCUUUCCCUCUGUCUGUCUGGCUCCGGCAGCGGCUGCUUGUUGAGGUAACACCAAUGCUGAGGAGAGAGCCUGUGACCACCUGGUGCUCUGGCCUUUGUGCUGUCCGGGGCCGCUUCCCUCAGCCUGGGGACAUCGAGGCCUGCGGAGGAAUCCGCGGGGUUUGGGGGCGUCUUUGCUGGCCUGGGCGUGAGGUAAAGGCUCCUGCUCUCUGCUUC